CCACCAUCAACAGUUAUAUCAAGACACACAAAGUCGUGGCACCAACCUACGAAAUGGCUUGGGGCAUCGACAGCAUCAAUGGUGAGAAGAUAAGCCCCAUGGGGGCCAGCCUAACCCCAUAUCUAUAAAUAAUUCACCAUGACAAGACUUCGCCUAUCAUUUCCAUUCCUUCGAAUUUUAUAUAUGAUUUUUUUUAACACUUCUAUGCAAUUACCCACUAUUAAAUUCCUGGUAUUUCAGCCACAGAUCCAUCCGAGUCUUCUCCUUCUCCUCCUUCCUCUUCUUGUUGCACAGAAUCAAUGGCAGUAAGGGCUUAUUCCACCACUCAAAUCCUGGUUCUAGAUUCUUGUCCUAUCAGGAGGCCUGUUGGUAGAAUCAUGGUGAUGCUUGAACACAGGAGUCAAGUUUCAGUCAGGAAGAUAGCAGCACUUGAGAUCAAAUCCUCCUUCAGAAACAAGGUUUUUGAGGAUCAGUCCAAGGGUAUAGUUUGUUACAGAGAUGAUAAAGGGGAGAUAGUCUGUGAAGGAUAUGAUGAAGGCCCUCGUCUACACCAUGAGCUUCAGAGGAAAAACUAUCAUCCAAGGGAUGCAGAGAUCAUUGAUCUUCUUCAACAAAACUGGCUUCAGAUAGUUAAAGGGGAUGAGGUCGCAGUUGGUGUGCCAGAGGACCUCAACUGGAAUGGUUAUAACACAUACUGGUGAUCAGAGAACAUGGGCACAUGCCAUUUGCUUCAACCAUGAACUGUAUGUAAAAAAGGCUUACACUUUGGUUCUUGUAUUGAAAUGCAUCCUUUCGAUUUCCUCUUCACAAAGAACAUUUUCCCCCUUCUCUCUCACCCCAUUAUUUUCUUGUUUCACUUCUCCCCCUUUAAAUAAAUAAAAAUUGUACAUGCCAA